CAUGGAAAAAUUGAGAAGACGGCACUUUCCGGAUAGUGAGGUGGAGAGUGGAUUUCCAGAGGAUGUUCAAGAUUUUAUUAACCAGGCCUAUAUCCAUAAUGAAACUUCGUAUCCGCAAGAAAGUCAUCCAUACGUUCGAAAAAGUGAUUACGAAAGGGAAAGUAGGAGUGACGAUAACAUAUCUAUUGAUUAUACGUACGAAACCUCGCCUUAUACCAGCUGUAUUCAUUAUACAUCAUACGAUGAUAUUGACGAUGAUAUUGUUGUUGACGAGCAAUUUUCGGAAAGACAUUCAUUUUUAAGUGCACCAAUUGAUCAUACAAGAGAAUUAUCACCCGAAAUAAGAAACAAAUACAGGCAAUAUGAAGAGUUAAAAAUUGAACUACCACCUAAAGUUUUAGCUAGACAUAAACCAAAUACUAAAGAAGGAUGGGAAAUUCCUCAGAGGAGAUUAGAACGACUACGAGCGGAAAAAUAUGAAACGAACUUUAGAAAAAGUUUAAGAAGGGCAAUUUAUGGAGCCAUAACUACUAGAUUAACUUUACGCACGUCUCAAAUAUUAAAGAACAAAGAAAAUAGGAAGCAAGCACGAAACGGAGGUCAAGUUGAUCUUGACAAUCCUUCAGAAGAUGAUUUGCAAUACUAUGGCUCAUUAAAAUCUGGUUUGAUAAUAACUACUGUAGUCUUUCUUCCUCUAGGCUCAAUUAUAGUAUUCACUGCUGUUAAUAGUUACUGGGUGUUAACUGUUUUAAUUCACUUGAAUCAGCAAACAGCAGAAGAUGCGUCAUUUAGAGAAAACUUGGAUAAAAAACUCAAAGAUUAUGGGGAUGUCGUUAAUGAUGCUUUAAAGUUUAGCAUGGAAAAUGCCACUAAAACUCGAGAGAAAUCAGAGGAGUUUGCCAAAGUUGGUAUAUUUCAUAAAAUUUUCUAUUCUUUCAAUGAUGUAAGAAUUAUGGGCCUAGUUCUAAUAUGGGAAGUAUUUGCAUUAUUACCUGUUAUCGUCUACGCAAUUGACAAAAGCGAUGAGAGAACAAAGAUCUUUUUUUAUAUAUACAUAUUUUUAAUACUACUUGCUAAUUAUCAUUUAAUGAUGGUUGCUUUGAUAACUGAUAUUUUAAUACUGGGUACAAUAUUAUCGUUUAUAAUUUAUCCCAUUGGAACGCUUAUUUGUUUUAAGUUAAGAUUUCGUAGUUAUGGAAUGACUGUUGACUCAAACGAUGAACAAUCAACACUAAUUCAUGAAUUGAGAAAUAACGAAGAUCUCGUUGCUAUAAGAAUGAGGAAAAGAAUUGAUUAA